AUGGGUCGCACCUCGGCUCUGAUCACCAUCGUGGCUGCAACGCAUAGCCACGCCUUUGGCUCUCAGCCAUUGGCAGUGGCAAAGGAGGCCAUCGAGCGCAUCAUCGCCGACGAAGACAUUGUGCGCAUGACGGCCAAGCUUGCUCACCACCCGUAUCUCAUUAGCGCCGAGGAGGGUCGCCUCAGCGUCGAACAGCAGCUCUGCUUCGCGAUGGAGCAGUACCACAUGACUCGCUCUCUCUCUCAAUCAAUUGCGAGCCUCGCCAACCAAGGCGGCAACUCCCUCGACACCGAUGUCUCAUCUGCCGAAUUCGUUCUCGGGCCUGGUGAUACGCUCGCGGCGACAGAGGCACCCACCUCCGAGGAGGCCUUGGAGGAGUCGCGCAUCAACCCACAAAUAGACCUUUUCGACUAUUUCUUUGCGGGCGAAGUUGAUGCUUCGGCGGAGUUGAUGGUACAACUCCGGGCACUCCUCGGAUGCAACGACGUUGCAUGCCUGAUGAGAGCCGUGAAGAACUACAAGCCGGUGCCAGGUGCCCAGGCAUACGCGGAAUUCGUGGACAAGUUGGCGAGCGGCGGGGGAAGAGCCGAGGCCGCUGUCGCGUUUGCCGUCUGCUUUCCGAUAUGGGGUGGACUGGUUCAGCGGCUGAGCAAAUCGAGGAUGUGCGCCGUCGACACAGCCGCUGAGAAGAACUUCUUGGCACACUUCUCGGCCCGUCUUGGCGACUUCUUGGCGGAGCAGCAGAUUGAGUCGGACCACCUCGAGGACUUCAUGGCGACUGGGGAAAGCGUCGCCGGCACAUGCGCCUACGGCACGGACGGCUUCCACGCGACCGGGCAAGACGACCUCGUUGAGAUGGCCGCACAAGUGCUCAUGAAGGCGGAUGUUCCGUACACGGCGCUCCUAACCUCGACCAAGACGUUGCUUGAGGCAGAGACGCAGUUUUGGGAUGCGUGCUACUCGCUCAGCCGCGAGUAA